CGCGAUGCCAGAGGUAAAAGACGUCGCGAAGCAUACGUCGGCCAUCACGUUGCUGUCAGGCUUUCGAGAUGCUUUGACCAAUCAAGCAGUGUGAGAACAAAGAUCCAGCUAACAUCUAUCGUAUAAACGCGGGACAAGGGCUGCUACCGACGGCCGAUAGCGAGCGACGAACUCGCAAGAGGGAUCUCGCGUAUCCUAGCAUCGACCAUACCUGCGAAUGUAUACACUUCGAGGGAUCGUGAGGGAGGAAUCGCGAGACAAAGCGGAGGAGACAAAACGGGAUAGACAAGACACAACAACGGACACCAACAGGCUUUCCAUGCCAGCGUCAACGUUGUACUCGCCGUGAAGAGCGCAAAGAGAUAGGGCUCUCUGGAAAUCACAUUAGCAACAAGACGAACAUCAACAGCAUUACUACCAUAAAGCGCAGGGGGAGCGAAAACAUUCGAAGCAAGGUGGAGGUAUCGGUCUAGUGGCCGUGGCUCGCGGCCCCUUCGUCUGCUACGCGAUGCCCCCGGCCGAAGUAAAAGUUGACCUCAAAGAUGUUGAGUACUCCAAACUACCCAAUAUCAUAGUCGAACUAUGGAAUAUCUUUAUGACAGUGUUUCGGCAAAGCAAACUUUUUUGUUCAUUUCUGCCGCUGCUGUGUAUACUCGAAGGGAUCGACCAGGCGCUCGAUUAUCAGCAAGGAAUGAUCAUGGGCGAUCUAAUCGGAUCCGUGUCCAGGAGGGACACCCCGGCGUUUUCUACUCUUAUGGCGUGGAUUGCUGGGAUAUCUUUAUUGGAUGCAGUUGUCAGCACGUUCAAAGGUUUUCUCACUGGUUACGCGACCGUGAUGUUCCGGCAAAUCCUCACACGCAAGCUUCAUAAAAAGUACUUCCGUCAGCACAACUUCUACAAAGUAAACUGCCGUAAACCGAUAAGCAAUCCCGACCAGCGGAUAGGUUCAGACGUAGAAGUGCUCGGUGACUAUCUGUGUUGGAUGAUAUCGACCAUAUUGACCACGCCUUUCACAAUUACCUACUACGUAUUUCAAGUGGGCCUUGGUCUCGGGUGGAUAUAUCCGUUUAUCAUUGUCGGAUACUUUUUUCUGGUUGUCUUGUUUAGUAAGAUACUUCGAAAACCAAUUGUGCCCCGGGUGUGUAAAGUAAAGAAAAUGGAGGGCCGUUUUCGGCAGCAACACCUCGAUGUGGUCGAAAACGCGGAACGGAUCGCGUUUGUCCAUGGCGGAGAUGAGGCAGAAUAUGCUUACACCGAGAUGACGUUCAAAAAGCUUCUACGAGCCUCAAAAAUCGUUCAGUUCCUCUACAUACCAGUCUAUUUUGUAAUGCGUUUAGAUAAUCGGAUGGUUUAUGUUGUGACGUACAUUAUUUGUGGAACACAUAUUUUUGCAAUGAAGAACGACCUUUCAGAAUCAGAAAUUAGUAGUGAAUGGACUAAAAUCGUGUUCGUUGUAUCAAAUCUCGGUUGGAUAUGCCAUAAGUACGUUUACAUCAUCAGCUUUCUCAUCUACAUCGAAGCUAUGAUCCGACGUGUGUCCGAGUUGAUGGCCGGCAUGGAUGACACGUCCAGCAUUAUCAACGAACAGGGGACUCAUGAUGAAGAGCCACAUUAUUCUGUGAGAAACCUAACCAUCGUAGGACCUAACGGCAGGACCCUGAUCGAUCGACUCAACCUCGAGAUAGGCGUUCGCAAGAACAUACUCGUAGCAGGGCCAAGCAAUAUCGGUAAGACUUCGCUGCUUCGAGUGCUCCGAAAGCUCUGGUCUCCAACUGAAGGCCAAGUGUGCUUUAUAGGCCAGAGCAGCUCGGUGAUGUACGUCGCUCAACAAGUGUUCUUUGGUGACGCAUGUUCUACCCUGCGAAAAACCAUCAUUUACCCUCUGAGUCGACAUUCAGCUGACGAUGAACCAGUCAUUAAACAGAUCUUAAAGAUAUUAAGAUUAUGUCACGUCUUGAAGAGUGUAGAUGGUGAUCUCGACAAGGAAUUGGAGGGGGCUUUAACGGUACUCUCGUCCGGAGAGCGGCAGCGACUCGCCUUAGCUCGCGUUCUAUUUCACCGGCCACGAAUCGUAUUCCUUGAUGAAGCAACCAAUGCGCUGGAUAAAGAGUUGGUGGAGAUCUUUUUUGAGGAGUGUCGGAUCAGUGGAGUUACAACGGUGACGGUCUCGCACAACCGCGAGAGCCUCUACCAGUUUCACAACCACGUCCUGGAAAUUAGCAGAGACGGUACCUGGCGAUUUGAGCCGACUGUAAAUUAUCUCAAUAAGCGCUCCGUGUAAAAUACUCUUGAAGAAAGUUUGAUCGACUGGAACGGACGUCCAGCACGUCUUCGGAUAGUUAUUCUUGUAUAGAUGUUUCCUUUUAUUGUCACGGUAAUUCUAGAGGAGUAGUCACUGAAAUUGAACAAAUUAAUAGAUAUUAGUUUAUAUCGGUUUUUCGAACAUAGACGAACGUUUGCAGAGUGAUACAUUGAGAAGCGAAACAAAUGCUAAAUAGAUGGCUGAAUGUGUGAUGUGUAUACACACAGAUAUAAACACAGUAUGGAUAUAUAUGUUUGUGGACGUUGCUUAGAAUAUGAUCGAAAAUGUGUUAGAGUACAGAUAGACAAAAAUAGUGUACGGUCAGAAGAAUAGAAAAGAGGGAUACGCAUAAAUCAAAAACCAUUCAUAAACGAUUUGACGGGAAGAUCACUUGUGAUGGACUUUAUCGACAAACGGCUCUGUACACUAUGACUGCGCAGUGUAGAUGGCUGAUGCGAAACGUUAGCUAACGUGACCCAUACGUCACGAUUGUUGUAAUCGCCUAGUAUUCACUUCGAGCUAAUCUUACCUGUUUGGGCUUUCCUAGCCUCACUCCUCAAUCUACCUUUCUCUUAUCUUGCAAACCGCAGGACACCGGUAACGAUCAACUCGAGAAAAAAGCUCCGCAAAUUAUUAUGAUAGCCAAAGCUCGACCGCCAUACCAGGGUGCGUCUAAAGGAACGACAGACAAAGCUAACAAUCAACAUUGGCCUGUGCAGGCGAUUCUGUCGCAGUAUAAUAGGUAUCAAUGGUAAAGCGGAGCGUAACAGAAUGUGUGCUAUCGGAGUGUAACAAUUCAACUGAGCGGGCAACGUCGACGAUACGGAAACCCAAAGGAUCCUACGGGCCUAACGGCCUGACAACCCGGAACAUUCGCCGAGAUCAUCGACUUAUUAAUUCAGACAGCGUACGGAAGCUUCCAUGUUACUAGGUGAUGGAGCCCGUAUGUUGAACGACCAGUCAAACACACCUUCACAGAUUAUUCCUAUUUAUCAUACUGUUUCUAUAGCGUUAUAGAAUGACGACGAUGUAAGUACCGAAUGACGACAUCGCAUGAGUUCUACAUAAUGAAACAUUAUUCUACAUAAAUGUAAAUUGAACUGGUUUGAAUGUGCAGGAUGUGACCGGUGUUUUACGGAGCGGUCUUAUAUGAACAUUGUGCUUAAAACGCUUUCGACCAUUUCUAUCAUCGGAUAUCCAUGUACCUUUUAAAUAUGUGCAUACACGCGACGUCAUUUGUAAGAAUUGAUAAUGGACAAAACGCAAGGAAAACGCCAUUUUUUUAAUAUAUCGACCUGUUAAUGGUUCACUAGUCCAGUUACUAUUCAUUUUGCUGUUUUGAAUACGCAUA